CUAUCAUUGCAUAAAGAAUUAGCGCCUGCUCCAAUGACGUGCGCGAGCCUGUAAUUGAAGAGGGCUCGAAUUAACUCUGCGGUUCGAACGGUCGUAGACUGUAAUAAUUGAGCAAUUAGCUGUUGCCUUUUUAGUCACCGCGGCCAAUCACACAUCAGUAUGGAAGCUAAUCGCUAUAUAGUCCACCCCUGGAGCACACUUCCAUUUAUUUCUGGGUUGUCGUUUGCCGUGUCCCGUGGUUUAGGCUCGUUGAGUUCAUUCUUUGAUUACCGCUCUGUAUUGAAGAGCACACGUAGGUUACUCUAGUUCUCAUUCAGGAGCUUAAAGACGUAUUGCUGAAAGAAUUACUAAGAAUUGAGUAAAAGGACAACGAUUUCGGUUUUUUCUGCGUCGAAAAUGUUCCGUGUUUCUACAGCGGCGCUUUUGCUGUCAUUCUUGUCAGUUGUGCCCGUUAAAUGUUCUAUAGAUCUAAAGGAAUCGGUGGAAGAACUUACGGCCCAGAUCAAGCAUCUUGCUCACAAAGGAUGUUUCUCAAGUGAUGCUUUUAAACUUAAAAGGCAUUUUCUCCGUGACAGAAACACGACCUGUAACGAUGGUACACCGGCGGGAUACUAUUUGAGGAAAGCUCACGGGAGCAAAAGAUGGAUUGUGUAUCUAGACGGUGGUGAGUUCUGUGACAGUAGCGCAUCUUGUGGAAAAAGGUACAGAGACGUGAGACAGCUGAUGUCGUCAAGGUCUUGGAAUGAAACGAGAAUAGGCAGUGGGAUACUAUCAACUGACCCUCAUGAAAACCCAAGCUGGUGGAAUGCUAACCAUGUGUACGUUCCUUACUGCUCAAGUGACGCCUGGAGUGGCAAUGCAUCUAAGUGGGAAACAGGAGAACGGUUCUCAUUUCUUGGAACCAGAAUAUUGGAAAAGGUCAUCGAAGAAUUAAUGAGAAAGGGACUUGCUGAAGCCAAGCGUCUUCUUCUUGCCGGCAGCAGUGCUGGUGGUAUAGGUGUAAUCCUUAACUUGGACAGAUUGGCACGAAGAAUUAAGAUGGCAGGCCUUAAAGUUGAGGUCCGAGGUCUGGCCGAUUCUGGGUGGUACUUAGACAUGCCAAUUCCAGAAACCAACCAGAUUCAACAGGGAAUGGAUUAUUGGCGCGGUGUAGUUCCGGAAGACUGUGCAAGACGAAAUCCUACAAGAAAGUGGAAAUGCUAUUUCGCUGAGAACGUGUACCGCACAGAUAGUAAAUCUCCGAAACCCAGUCCGUUGUUCGUUUUCCAGUGGUUGUACGACCAAGCACAAAUAGCUUGGGUCGUGUCAGGAACUUUUCGAAUGCCCGACGAUGCCCACAAACAAAAGCAUAUUCACAAAAUUGCUCUCCGACUUGGGUCUGAGUUGAGAAAGUCACUCAAUCGCACUAAAGACUUAGCUUGUUCCGUAUUUGUUCCAUCGUGCAUUGCUCACACAAUCCUUACGCGGGAUGAUUGGCUGAAAGUCGUGGUAGGUGGUAAGAACCUAAAUGAUGCUAUAGACGAAUGGUACCAGUCCUCCGGCAAAAGCUUGGCCAGCUGCAGGCCGCUGAUUGAAAGCUGUCCUCUGUGGCGUUUUCAGAAUUGCGCCAGAACGUGUCCUGCAUUAGAUAAGUCGUUAUUACCGAGCCCACAUGGUAGUGGCAAACCAGACUCGGCUUUGCCAUCAAGAUCGAACCAAUGAGACGAGCCCACAAGAAUGCGCUUGCAAAUCAACCUGGCGUCGUAUUACGUAAGCAGUAGGCCGCAUUCACGAUAGCCGUCACGAUGGUCUUAAUAUUGAAAAAUUGUAAAUUGCCCUUGUGGCCAGGGGACAGACAUCGUAAAGUAUUUGUACCAAGAGAGGAUGAAGAGAAACAGAAUUAAUCUCGCAUAUUAGCCAUUUUCUCAAGGUAAUCUCUCUCACGUUAUUUUUAGAUACGGUAUCCAUAGACAUAGACAUACACAUAGACAGUUUUUUUACUUGGUCGCACAUUCCUCCCAGAUAACGAUACCAUAUGUGUUACAUAGAUUUUUCUUGGAACAUGAAAAUGCGUGUUAAGCCAGUUGGGCUGUCCACUUGAGUAAAGAUCGCCUCAUAUAUAGAGUUGACUACUACUAGACGCUUCUUAGAUUUCUGAAGCUGAGAGUGACCUAAAAAUAACUUGAGAGGAAUUAUCAAGACUUAUGUAACAACAGUAUUAACAUUCUUAUCGAGAUAGGCGUUUGUUUUUUAAUACUUGUUUGGAAUGGUUGCCCAUGCUUUACUCUCUCCUCUGGCCUCUCGCAUAAAUAUGUACAUGGCGUACAUAUUUAUUAGGCGUUUUUGCAUUGUUAUACUUUUACAUUGCUAAAUUUUUUACAUUGUUCUGUUUUUUAUAUUGUUAUAUUUUUAUACAGUGGUACGUCGCUCGGGGCCCCACCUAUAUCAGCCUAGUGCUGAAUGCGUUACUCUGCUCGAGAAAAAAGCUGACUUUGAGUUUAUCGCCGACUAAGUGAGUCAGUCUUCACUUGACUUCUUGCCAUGACCCCCUGGGGGUAGUCGGCUUGCGAGAGCCAGUCUACGAAGUUUGUAAUAUGAAUACAAUCAUGGCGGCUAUUGUGAACGUGGAAUAUAAAAUACUUUUUUUUUUUGGAAACCGAAUUGAUGAAUAAUGAAAGCACUAAAAAAUACUAUCAAGACAUAAGCGCGCUGUGGAUUGAAAACUAAAUUACACGAAAAUAUGGUUGUUUCGUUUUAUUACUCCUUUCUUCUCCAAUAUGUGAGCAUUUUACUUUUUCUCAAAAGAUCCGUUAAAAGAAUAUUGGAAUCUAUCAUAGGAAGACGAUUUUGUUGAUACGUAGGUAAAAUCUCCAAGUUGGUCGUAUGAGAAUGUCUGAAAAACAGGUUGGGAGAAUUUGUAAGUUGACAAGCGAGCGUCAAGAUUGUCGAAAAGUGUUUUAUUGAAGAAGAACAACGACUUCGUCUUAACAGCUAUGACGUGAAUUCCUUCAGGGGAAAAAAUGUCUUAAUUAACAUGAAACCAAUGAGGUCCUUUUACUUGAGGUCUUCACAGAUGUAGUGUAAGUGUUUGACCCGAACCAUACCCCCAAAACGGGACACGUCACUCGACAUGUCUCAAAGCUAAGUAAAGGAUGGACUGCAAUCCAAUGCCUCAGAGGCGAUGCGUCGGAACUAAGCUGAAACCUUCGUUGUAUCGUCAAUGUUAAUUAUUAUCAAUAUUGCUUGCCAACUAGAAGCUAAUUGAUGACUGUAUAUACAUUAUUACGACAAGCAUAGCACAGGAAAUUAAGACCGCCGAUUGUAUAAAACUGGUUUUCACUCAAGGCCGAAUAAAACAAAUCAGAGCUCCAACCGAAAAAAAACAACAAACAAACAAAAACAAAAACAAGUAAAACAUGUGACCCUUGGCAGGCGCGUGAAAAGUCGCUAGAGCAACUACGUCUAAAAAAAACAUUACCUGGCUCUCUUUGGUUAAAACAAUUUACACGGGUUUUUACAAACCAAUCAAAGCGCUUUCAUUCCCAUGUGAUAUCACGCAACUGGCUUCUGCGAUUCAAAUUCAGUUUGAUUUUGUACUUUCCCGCACCUCAGCGGGAUCGAUUCGGUUCGCUCCUGAUCUGCUUCUUCAUCUACAAUCCGCGGUCUUGUCAUCUCUAUGUAAUCAUCAAAUAUCCUUUCUGAAAACUCGUAUGUUUCCUACGAUUUCGAGUCCCACUGUACGAAUUAUAACAGAAUCUGCACUGCUAUUUAUGAAAAACUUAAUAUUAUAAAAGAGCUGUUUAAAAAGCCGAAAUAACGAAACCUCGCUCAUUUAGAGUGGUUUUCAUUUGGGUGUAGAAACGUAAUUGGUAUUGCAUCAACUACGCUUCACGAUUGGCUAAAAGAAGAACGCACCAAUUUUUUUCAUCCAAUCAGAUGUAAAACAAAACCAAUCGUAACUCGUUCGCACAUGUUUUCCCGCGCUUUGCGUCAGCUACAUGUAAUUACUUCGCGUUUUGAUUGGUUCAAUGUAAUGUUUACGGCCUUCGUGAUUGGCUGGAGUGAUUACCUUGGUUUUGGUUAUACGACACUCAAUUGAAAACCGCUCUAUUCUCGGCAAAUGUUAACUAGUUUGUGUAAUAAUUUUUGAGGAUAUUGCACAAAGGCUUUGUAAAACAAGAGAUCACUCUUGACUGUACUUCAUACUUACACGUAUGUAUUUGUUACGUCAGGGAAAUCUGUAAUAUAUUUGCAACGCAUCAAAUUUAUAAACAACUUUUUAUUCCUACAAUA